CGAGCACCAGGGGUUGUGUGUGUUUUUUUGUGACACCAAUAUUUCUUUUUGUCCAACAAACCUUAAUAUACUUAUUUUCUCUGCUCCUUUCUUUGACCACGGAAUUUGAUGCCAUCCCACCGCAUCGACUGGUAAAGGGGGAAAGAAGAAAAAGAAACCUGAGGAAGCACAGCUCCAUAAACCUUAAAAACAGCCUUGGGGUGCAACCCACACUAGUGUUUGUUUUCUAAUUUGUUAUCCCUCUCUCCCCCCAUUGAUUUCGCUCUUCACUUUUUGUUCCAAGAGCAUCUGUUAAACAUGCUACAAUAUAUCUCUUCCUAGACGUGUUUUUGCCCCAUUAUCUCAAUAACCCUUCUCCUUCUCCUCGUCCUCGUUUACUAAUCUCUGGCAUUUUUGUUAAACACAUCUCCUCAAAAGGCCUAACACCGACACAACUGCUAUCAUAUCUCUUAGUCUGAAACAAGCAGUUAGCGCUCCGGGUGAUCAUGGGUAGCAUAGAGGAAUUGUCUGCUACACGGCAAAAGGGACAGGGCAACGAAGGGUUAAGAAUCGCCCAGCCGGCGGGCUCACGCGAUGGUUCCCUACUCCCUACACACAAUGAGAAGGCUUCCCUUCGCCGCAAUAGACUGUUCCGUAUAGAUACAGCUGGUGAGAGCGGGCGAAGCGGAAUUCACCCAAUUCACUUCUUCCGGGUGUGCUUCAAGAGUACUUGUACCCUGUCAAUGCUGGUAAAUAUUCUCUGGCCGUUUGUUCCAGCGGCUAUCGUCAUCCACUUCGCUAGGCCCGAUCUUCAUAUCUGGAUCUUUGCUCUUAACUAUAUUGCAAUGGUUCCCUCAGCAAACUUGCUUGGGUUCGCAGGAGGGGAGCUCGCAAAGAAGUUACCCAAGGUUCUCGGGGUUCUGUUGGAGACAACGUUGAGCUCGGUGGUAGAGAUUGUCCUCUUUAUGGUUCUGAUACAUAAUGAUAACAACGGUACCCUGAUUCCUGUCAUUCAGGCAGCGAUCCUCGGUUCCGUAUUGGCGAAUCUUUUGCUUUGUCUAGGCCUGUGCUUUUUCUUUGGAGGCAUAGGGCGUGAGCAUCAGUCGUUCCACGAGGCCGUGAGUGAAGUGGGCACUGGGCUCCUCCUAGUUGCCGGCUUCGGUCUCCUGAUUCCGAGUGCUUUCUUUUCGGCUCUGAGCGCAAACAGCUCGAAGACCACCAUUACAGAAGAAGCCCUGUCUCAUUCUACCUUGGUGAUCAGCAGGGCCACCGCAGUUAUCCUCCUAGUCGCUUUUCUGAUGUACCUGGUUUACAACCUGCAUAGCCAUCACAGCAUAUUCGACGAGGUCCUUGAACUAGAUGAACAUAAGGAUGAGGAUCGGGAAGAGGAAAUGAAGCGCGCAAAGCUUACGCUAGUCGAAUGCUUCGUGGCCAUCUCUGUAUCUCUCACAUGUGUCUGCCUGUCCGCCGUUUUCUUGGUCCAGGAGAUUGAACAUAUUGUCCAUGAAAGAGGCGUUUCCGAUAAUUUUAUGGGCCUAAUUCUUGUUCCCCUGGUAGAGAAAGCAGCGGAGCAUUUGACUGCUAUAGAUGAAGCCUGGGAUAACCAAAUUAACUUUGCACUCUUCCACUGUCUCGGACCAUCUAUUCAGACCACUUUGCUAAAUGCUCCACUUGUGGUCCUCGUCGGCUGGGGGCUUGAUAAGGAAAUGGGUCUUAACUUUGAGAUCUUUAUGAUUGUCUUGGUAGUAUUAUCCAUCUUGGUCGUCGGAAAUUUCUUACGGGACGGCAAGUCCAACUGGCUCGAGGGUGGCCUUUGUGUGCUUAUAUAUGUGAUCAUUGCGGUCACUACAUGGUAUUACCCCCAAAUCGAGGCUGAGGGGGCAUCCACCCACCAUGAAGCAUGACCGUGCAGAUGUUCAUAAUGAACUAAAUUUGUUUGCGACCUUUGUGAGAAGUAAUUUAUUUGGAGUGAGGAGGCGCUGCGCAUCUUCUAGGGGGUCAAUUUUAUGCCACACAACUUGUAUAGAUGUAACAAUAAAUUCUAAUGAAUGAUAAUGCAUUAGGUUAAUUCUACGAGUGGAC